AUGACUUUUCAUAGUGUUGAUGAGCCGACUGAGUUGUGCUCUGUCAACAUCAGUGAACAGGAGAUGAAUCCUUUCAAGCCUGAUGACCUCAAGGCGUUUGACAAUGUAUCUUACAUGGACGCAUCCCUGUCUUCAUUAUUAUUAUUUUUUUUUAAAGGCUCUUUCAGCUGUUUUGUACCUUUAAGAGAACUCAGUUUGUCUGUAAAUGGGCUUUGCAACAUCUUAUUUGAUCCCACAGACCUCCCUCAUCUUCAGGUAAUAUAUGAAAUAUAUAACUGUCUGACUACUGAUGAUGUCGCUUCCUUUAGCUGACUCCCACUCCUAAAAGUUAUUAAUCUGACUGGAAAUCAGCUUUGUUGUCUGCUUCCUUAUCUUGGAUCACAUGAUCUUGUGGGCUCUGAAGACAACAUUCAGUUUAAUGCCCAAGUAGGUCAUAUGCUUAAUGAUAACAAACUGUCCUCUGGCAUCUUCAGAAGCCUCUCAAACCUGAAGAGAUCAAGAUGUGUCUUUGUUGCUGAGGCAAUUGACAUUCCUAAAGAAGAAGGUGAAAGUUCCAAGAGACACAAGGAUGGGGCUGCGCCUGAGAGAUUCUCUCCCUGCACAGAGAAGAUGCAGGCUAAAUCAAAUCCUGAUGUGGCGCGAUCCGUUGGAAUUCAAACAGCUGCUCAAAUGCUGGAGAACACACUGAAGAAUCUUAAUAUUUACAGAGGCUCCAAAGAAAGACUUGAUAGCAUCCAGACGCCAAUAAAACAUUUCUUUGCGCAAAUUAAGGAUCUGCCACUGUUGAGCCCAAGACAACGACCUCGUGCAGUGCUUCUUGAGAUAAUCAAGGAAAUGAGAGUGAGUACAACGCUAAGUGCAACACCUUUAAGCUGUGUGCUAUGUAGCACCAGUGUGAAGAAGAAGGAACACAAGGAGCUGCUUAUGCUGCUGAGGGAUUUGGAGACAAAAUACAAGCACCUUCAUACAAGAGCUAAGGAACAUGGAGUCAAAGCUGAGAAGCCAAAGUGAGCUGAAAGAGACUUAAAAUAACUA